CGGGCCGCGGGGGUAAUGGUGCGGGGUCGCUGGCGUUCGGAGGGUUAUGGCCGCCGCUGCUCCGUCCUCUCGCCUUUCUGUGUCGCUGCCGCGGUGCGGGCACAUCUUCACACAUGCUAUAAACACGGCAUCUUUAAUACAACUUUAACCACAAAAAAAGUUCCGGGGCCCGAUACUGCAACGUUAAUUGGAUUACGGCUUGCUGUGACCACGGGAGGCUGCUGCAGACCAUCCCCAGCACCGAGCGCCGUGAGGGAAUCAAAGGUUUAUAGCAGAUGCUGACGGCAGGCUGCCGCCGAGCCCGCACGAACCUGCCGGCGCCGCGGGGAAACGCCUGGUCCCACGGCCGUGGACGCCCGGGAGAAGCCACCGCCACCGCGGCCCCACGGAGCCCCGCCGCUGCCCGGCCGCGGGGGCCGGCCCAUCCCGCGGGGCGCGGCCGGGGAGCCGCCUCCCGCCCGCCCUCUCUCCCUCAACCCCUCCCGCCCUCUCUCCCUCAUUCCCUCCCCUCCGCCCCUCCCGGCGCGCCGCGGAGCACGGCGGGGCGAUGUGGCGGUGGCGGUAUGUCAGCGAUCGGCAGCUGGAGGGAUUCCGCCGGUACAAGUACAGUGCUGUGGAUACAAAUCCUUUAUCUGUGUAUAUUAUGCAGCCCAUCUGGAACAAAAUUAUUAAGAUAGUGCCUUUGUGGAUUGCCCCCAACCUGUUAACAUUCUCUGGAUUUGUCAUGAUUUUAGUUAAUUAUUUUCUAAUAUCUUUUUAUGACUGGGACUACACUGCCUCAGGUACCAGUCCUGGACUUGUUCCCACCUGGGUGUGGCUCUUCAGUGCUUUUACCACCUUUUGUGCUUACGCAUUAGACUCCAUAGAUGGGAAGCAUGCUCGAAGGACUCAGUCCAGUACUCCUCUGGGAGAAUUAUUUGACCACGGGCUAGACAGCUGGGCUACCUCCAUUUUUGUGCUUUCUUUUUUUUCUGUCUGUUCCCGUGACAAUGGGAAGACUGGAGUUUCUGUAUAUACAAUGUAUAUAUAUUUAAGCAUUGUCUUGUUUAACUUUAUGUGUUCACACUGGGAGAAAUAUAACACAGGAGUCCUUUUUCUUCCUUGGGGAUACGAUAUAAGCCAAGUGGUAUUAAUAGCAGCAUAUCUGCUCACGGGUGCUCUUGGUGUGGAAGUCUGGCAGAAGCCUUUCCUGUUUGGUUAUUACAUUACGGACGCAUUAGUAAUCUUGCUUAUAGGCUUCAGUUUAUUUCUUUCAUUUCCACAAACGCUAUACAACAUUCACAGAGCACAUUUAAAGAAAACACUGAAGAAUGAAUCUUUGUAUGAAGGACUCCUACCUCUUGUGUCACCCCUGUUGCUCUUCGUUCUUCUUACAGUCUGGGUGGUUUUAUCUCCAAGCAACAUAUUAGCAAAGCAACCAAGAUUGUUUUUGUGGAUGGUCGGGGUUGCUUUCUCAAACGUUAUUUGCAAGGUGAUCAUCUGCCAGAUGAGCAGCACCCGGCCGGAGCGUUUCCACUGGUUCCUCUUCCCGCUGGCGCUGGUGGUCUACGCAGCCAUCUCCGGGCUGCUGGGCUGGACGGAGGAAGCGGUGCUCGCCGUCCUCACCGCCCUGGUCACAGCCGCCCAUGUGCACUUCGGGGUCUGCGUGGGGAGGCAGCUGAGCGAGCACUUGAACAUUUACAUCUUUUCCCUGAAGAAACGUGUCCAGGAGUGAACACCCGCCCUGUGAUCAGACUGUAACACUUGACGUGGAGAUUCGCAACUCUUCUGAUGUGAUAAAUAGUUGGAAUGAAUCUGAUUAAAAUAACCAAAGAAUAGAAUAGUGCAGAUACCCGAACCACUACGACAAUGAGCUAUGCAGCAAGAUGCUUCAUCUCAGACGAAGAUUACCGUCAGCAGAGAAGUGUUUACCCAGUUGUUCUGCUGCUAAUAUUUAUUCUCUUCAUUAGUGCUGUGUUUCUACCCUUUCUGAAGCUUUUGUCUUCCUCCUCCUUGCCACUGUGUCCAAAGUCCUGGAUAAAUCCAUGCCGGGUUACGUGAGAUCCUUGAUGUUUUAUAACCAGGACUGGUUUUGCCCAGCCUAGUCACCAGUGGGACCCCGGCAAUGCAAGCCCUCCCUGUGUAUCCUUCCCCCUCAGACAUCUGUGCCUGCUUCAUUUUCCAUAUUUAUUUUCUGACAACUCAUUUCUUCCAUACAACCUCCUGAAGGGCUUACGCACAUUCGGUCUUUUCCUCACCUCAAAUGAAUGCGUGAAGGAAAGAGAAUGAGCUCAGAAAGCUAUGGGCACAGCAAAGUGUUUUUGAAACCUACGACUAUUUUUUCGCCUGCCCCAGCACUGAGAUGAGUCUCAGCUGACCUGUAUCUGUCAGAAAUGCAGGCUCCAUACAGCAGCAACUGGCCUUUACGCUUAUUUUCUAGGCAGUAACAAGCGCAUUGUUGAUAUUUCAGUAGCAACAAGCAAUACACCCGACGUAGGUAACCAGCUGAGAAUAGAUUUGGCCAACAAACCUUUGAGGAUUCUCGUAUUUCACUGCAAAACUAGUCAAACCUCAUCUAUGACCGCAAAAUGCUAAGCAAAUCAUUAUUUUCCUGUGUGCUUGAAUCAAAUUCCUGUGGUUUUAGACAAUGACCAAAAAAAGGAAAAGAAUUGAGACAAGAAAAGCUUUUUUUAGACAUUACACGUUUGCAUGCAGAUGUAAACUGCUCACUUCAUCUAUAAUACAUGUAGGUUUUCUGUGUGCCUUGGAGGAAGGAGUAAGAAUUUGAGUUUCAUCUCUUUUCAUACGCUGCCCUAGCCAGAGGGACUUUGUGGCCUUGAAGCACUAAUGAAACAAUCUGUCCCUUUUCCCCAAGGUAAGCUUCAUAUUACGGUUCUUGCGCAGAGGGAUGUGAUUGACUGACUGGCGUGUUUAUUAACUAGUUAACUAUCUAUCUCACUUGCCAGAUGCAGGGCAGAAGCGUAGCUGUCGAGCUGCUGAGCCCUAAGUACACCUUUUCCCUUAGACCAGUUCUCCAGCUUUAUCACUGGUCUGAUCAUUUUUUCCCCAGUUAAUAUACCCUUACAUCAGUAGCUCCUAUUAAUAUUUUCAGCUGAGCAUCGACUAGCCAUAUCUCAUCGUGAACAGCUUCAAUUUAAGUCCGUGCAUCCUAUUACAGUAGUUGACCUACCACAACGUCAGCGGGGCAGAUUGCCCCCCGGCAGCCCUUACUGUAGGGACCGGGGACAAGCCUGCACAUCAGCUUCCCCCCUUCACGAAGCAGAAAUACCACGCCGACUUGUAAAGUAUCUUAUAGUUUGAAAGGACGCGUGUUCCCCUUACCCGACAAGCACGCUGAGGGUUCCCACCCCCAAAACGAACAUCAUCCUACAGUCGCGGUUCAAGCAGCUUAAGGCUCCAGUUAGGCAGAGGACACGGGUCAGCCUGUUGAUGCUGGGUUGGAGAUUUUGGUGAGCACCCUGUAGGGAAGGGAGUCUCCCGCACCCUCCAGCAUCGCUGUGGUCCAGCUCCAGGGAUGACAGGAGUCUUCCAGGCUUCCUCCCUGGUGGCAGGGUGGUUGCGCCCCUGCCCUGCAUGAUGUCCAGGGAGCGUGGGGGGUCCGCAGAGGUGCUCCCUAACCGCCCAAGGACUCUCUUAGAGUAAGGCUGAUGGCUGUUCAUUUAAUGAGGGAUGCUAAAAAAGGCAGUCCUGACUGCGCGUGAAGGGGAACGCUGAGUUCGAUGUAGGCACGCACCCAGCAAUCUCACUGUUCGAUGAAGUUAAAUAUUACAUCCCGUACCAGAUACACCGCCACAGAAGUCUCACCUAUUUCAACAGUUUAUAUUUAACCCGCCCAUCAAAAGUAUCUGGAGGAAGUCCCAAUGAGAAAAGAAUUCGAAUAAAAUGGAUUGAAGGUGGUUGUGCUGGAGGAACUCUGGACAGGCUUCCCUUUUCCCUCUGUCUUGCAAUUAUUUAUGAUAGCUGGAAAUAAGAGGCACAGAAGCAGCACGAUUUGAUGCACUGUAAUGGAGUAUUUUGAAAUAUUUCAUUAAAUGAAAUUAUAAAACUUGAACUGCUAUAAUCUGCCUGCACUUCUACCUUUCUAAAGAGAAAUACAGUAUCACUUUUAAGGGAAAUUAAGCUCCGGCCAGUUUUUUCACAUACUAUGUGAAGACAUAACAAAUAACUUACUUUCUCCUUUUUAAAGCAACUUGUCCAUACAAUCUCUAUAAAGACAAGUAUAAAAACAGAUCAUGUAUUGCACAGUGUAUAUAUUGAAUUGUUAGCCAUCUUAGAUGGCAACUGGUUCAAGGAAUGGGAAUAAAAGUGCUUUGUUCAUAGGGUGGUAUGAUCACAGAUUUAUUUUUUGAAGUCAGAUAGUGGUAUGAAAAUGACCUAACAGUUAACAACAAUUUUAUAUUUUUUUUUUUGUCACAACAUUGUGGCAGAAAAGCUUUCAACUAUUUGAACGGGAAAAUACAUUACUACUUUAUGCUGUCAAGCAUUCGCAGUAGCCCAAAGAUAUGUCUCCCUCCUAAGUCUUGUGAAAAAGCAACUAAACUAGCGUUGCUCUCCCAGGCUUGAG